AUGGACUCGAGGGCAUCAGCGUUCGAAUCGAUUCCAAAACAGCCAGCGAUUGGAAAUGACAGUCUCCCAUGGGUCGAGAAAUACCGACCUCACACGCUUCAGGAUGUGGUGUCCCAUGGGGAUAUAACCAAUACCAUACAGCAGUUCAUCAAGGGAAACCGACUGCCCCAUCUACUGCUUUAUGGACCUCCUGGGACUGGGAAAACAUCCAUGGUACUGGCAAUGGCCCGACAACUAUAUGGCGAUGAAUUUAGAAGACAGAUUCUUGAGUUAAAUGCUUCUGAUGACAGAGGCAUUGACGUAGUUCGUGACCAGAUAAAGGAUUUUGCGGACUCUGGGAGAUUAUAUACUGGGCUCAAAAAUGAUAUAAAAUUGAUUAUACUUGAUGAAGCCGACAUGAUGACACAGGCAGCUCAAGCAGCCUUGAGAAGAGUGAUCGAACAAUACACACGUAACGUCCGAUUUUGCAUAAUCUGCAAUUAUGUGAACAAGAUUAUCCCGGCUAUACAGUCACGUUGCACCCGGUUUCGUUUCAGCCCACUCCCCGUUGAAGCAGUCCAACUAAGAUUGUCCUCUGUCAUUGAAAACGAAAGGGUUAAUAUUACGGAGGACGGCAGGAGAGCGCUGCUGAGGAUUUCUAAGGGUGACAUGAGGCGUGCUCUCAAUGUGCUGCAGGCGUGUCACGCUGCUUAUCCAAUGACAGACGAGGCCGCCGUGUACAGCUGCACUGGGACACCACAUCCUUCCGAUAUUGCUGCUAUGGUGAAUUCCAUGUUGACGGACGAUUUCUUAACCUGUUACAUGGCCCUUUCGAAGAUGAAAAUCGAACGGGGUUUGGCCCUGCAAGAUUUGAUAUCAGGUUCCUUUGAGUACAUCCAAGGGCUUGACUUGCCGGCCCCCGCAAGAGUCUAUUUACUAGAUAAGUUAGCUGUGACUGAAUGCUCAAUCUCUGCUGGAAGCAACGAGAAGCUGCAACUUGGUGGAUUGAUAGCAACCUUCAAGCAUGGCGUGCAGAUGUCUGUGAUACGCUGAUACUGGGUGACACAUUCCAUGUUGCACACAAUAUUGUAUCACUGUUCCCAACUCUGACUGGCAAUGGCUGUCUUGUGGGUGGGUCAUGAGUCCGGAACGAGUCACCACUCAAUGUGCAUUACUGUACCCGCACGACCAAUUACCGGUCACGCAUCACACUGACGUUCCGGUUGAAUGAUCCUUGUCACACCAAUUUUUUUUGGUGCCCAAGUGGCUGUGUGAAAUCGGAUUAAAUUCAAUGAAAACAAAAGCCGUCUGCAAG